GUAGAUAAUUUAUUGGACUUUGGAGAAGGGAGAAAAUGAAGGAAGGGGUGGGGAGCAAUUAUCAUGCAUGGUUUUGCUAUCGUACUUGCAAGGGGAAGAAAAUCUCAAUGCAUACAUGGUUUCAAAGUGAUUGUUUUGACAAUAAGCAGUUUCCCCAGGAAAGCUCCUUACAGGGUCCCCUCGCAGGCUGCAGCUUCCAGAAAGUCUGCAGAAGGGGAGUUGGCAGGUGCAAGUAUCUGGGCAAAGUGCUGCGCCUAGCUCAGUUGGUGGCGGUCUCUGCCUCCGUCUGCAGGUCCAGGGAAGGCUCCUUGCCUGGCGCUGCCCGGACUGACGCGGUCGGAGAAGAGCGGAGCGCAGAAACCACGAUGAGUCCUCCGAGGCUGCGAGCGUCGCUGUCGCCGUCGCUGCUGCUGCUGCUGAGUGGUUGCCUCCUCGCGGCUGCAAGGAGGGAGAAGGGGGCAGCUGGCAACGUGGUGGAGCCGGUCCCCGGGCCCGCGGGCGGCUCCUCGGGUCGCUUCCUCAGCCCAGAACAGCACGCGUGCAGCUGGCAGCUCUUGCUGCCGGCCCCGGGGGCCACAGCCGGCAGUGAGCUCGCGCUGCGCUGCCAGAGCCCGGACGGGGCGCGCCACUGGUGCGCCUACCGCGGGGAGCCGGAGCGCUGCGCCGCCUACGCCGCUCGUCGCUCGCACUUCUGGAAGCAGGUGCUGGGUGGGCUGCGGAAGAAGCGGAGGCCCUGUCACGACCCCGCGCCGCUCCAGGCCCGCUUGUGCGCGGGCAGCAAGGGCCACGGGGCUGAGCUGCGGCUAGAGCCCCGCGCGUCCCUGCCUGCACGCCCCACCGCCGCAGGAUUCGCCCGGAAGCCCAAGCCCGAGGCCGCGAGCCGGAGACGGCCUCGGGAGCGUGCGCCCGGCGCUGCCGCCGGGACACCGCUUCUUCCCCAAAGCGCACCGCCCAAAGAAAAGCCCUCUGAGAGGAAGACCAAAGGGGGCAAGAGAAAGGCGGCCUCGGUCCCCAACGAGGAGCGACCCUUGGGGACCGGGCCCAACCCUGACGGUCUGGACGGGAACGCGGAGCUCACGGAGACCUACUGCGCGGAGAAGUGGCACUCCCUCUGCAACUUCUUUGUCAAUUUCUGGAACGGCUGAGGCUGCCUGCCAGCCCAGGGAGGGAUGAGGGGGAAGGCGUGGGGAAGGGAAAGAAGCUAAGAGCAGCUUAGACCAGGGGGUACCAUGAUAGAGAGGAGUCCAGGUUCUAGAAUGGGGCAGGGCAGGGUGAGGGUGGGGUGUUUGGGAUGAGAGUGUUAAGGGGUAUGGAGAAUCUCUGGGAUAGCAGAGAAAUUAAAAAUUUUGAAGAGACUCAGUCCUGACUAAGAGUAGGAAAAAUAAUGGAAACAGAAGUAGGCAUACCUUAAAUGUGCAAAACCAGAGACUGGGGAGAGAAAUCGAUGCAGAGAGAGGCUAAGAAUAAGGGGGAGAUAGAGUGACUAAAGUGAUGUGAGUCCCACGUGGGGAGAGGGAUGCAAUGUUUAUUGUUUAACAUUUCUGUUAAAUGCAACCAUAAGAAAUUG